AUGCCACGAUCAAGAAGUGUAACACCAUCAUCGCGACGUUCACGUUCACGUUCACCUCUAUCUGAUCAUGAUAGUAGUGACGAACGAACAAAUGAAUAUCGUGUUCAUAUUGCUGAAUUAACACCAGGUGUUCAAGAAAAUGACAUACGUAAAUUAUUUCAACGUUUUGGUACACUUCUCGAUGUUUGGGUUGCUAGUGCAUCAUGUUUUGCGUUUGUGGUUUAUAAAUAUAAAGAAGAGGCUCAAAAAGCUAUUGAUCGUAUGGAUGGAAGAUCAUUUGGAAAUAAUCGUUUAAAAGUAACAUGGGCUCGACCACGAACUCGAAAUCGUUCUCAUCGUCAAGAUCCAAAUAUGCGUUGUUAUAAAUGUGGACAACGCGGACAUUUUAGUCGUGAAUGUGAUGGUCAAAUGACAGAAAGACGUUUACCACGUCGUCGUGACAAUGAUUAUGGUCAAUAUCCAUCAUCAAACUAUAAUCAGUAUUCGAGGUCACGUACACCAUAUACAUCACAACCAUUGCCACCACCAGCAUAUUUUCGUCAUGGAAUGCCAAUGUAUCCAUCAUUCUCACGACGUUAUGAUCCUAAUAUAGAUGGAUAUUUUCCAUCAUCGGAACGAUCAAAUGGUCAUGAAUAUCGUUAUCGAGAUCGUGGUACACGAUUAACACCACCAUCGACAAGUGGAAGAUAUAAUCGCCGAUAA